CAACAACACAAUCUAAAUAACCCAGCUCAAUUGCGGCGCCAACGUUCAUCUCCCCUCAAUUUUCUCUGGUUACAUUUUUGUUCCGCAGGCUCUGAGAUCAGAAAAUGGGAAGCGUUCCACUUCCCUCGUCGUCUCUACUAAUUUCCAGCUCCAGUUCCUCCAUUUUUGGAAGAUCAUCAUCAACGUUUUCCUAUCCUCACCGGCGAUUCAGAAAGGUGGAAGCACUAUCCGUUUCCUGCGAUUACUCCUGUUUCGAAAUAAGGGAUGUCUCUUAUCGACCUCCAGGAACCAAGAUCGAUCUACUGAGUCAAGUCAACCUUUCCAUCCCUGAGAAAAGUUUUGGCUUGAUAUUUGGACGGAGUGGCAGUGGAAAAACUACUUUGUUGCAGCUGAUUGCAGGGUUAAGCAAACCAACAUCAGGUUCAAUAUAUGUGCAAAGAUAUGGUGAUGAUGAUCAACAGAUUAAGUCUCCUGAACCCUUACAACCUGAAAGAGUUGGCAUUGUUUUCCAAUUUCCUGAGAGAUACUUUGUUGCAGACACUGUUCUUGAUGAAGUUACAUUUGGGUGGCCAAGACAAAAGGGUGGCCUACAAUUAAGAGAGCUUCUUGCUUCUAGACUUCAAAAGGCCAUUAUGUCGGUUGGUCUAACAGGAAUAUCUUUGGAUAAGGAUCCCCAUUCAUUAAGCGGUGGUUACAAACGUCGGCUAGCCCUUGCUAUUCAGUUAGUUCAAACACCAGAUUUAUUAAUAUUGGAUGAGCCUCUUGCUGGUCUUGAUUGGAAGGCUCGUGCAGAUGUGGCAAAAUUGUUAAAAGAUCUGAAGAAGGAGCUAACUUUACUUGUUGUCAGCCAUGACCUCAAGGAGUUGACAUCUUUGGUAGAUCAAUCUUGGAGGAUGGAAAUGGGAGGAGCACUUAAAAGAGAGCCUCUACCCAUUUAAUGCACGGAACUUAUAAUGUUCCCAACAAUCAUUUUCUGAUGUAAUAUAUGAGGUUUUUAUGAGCCUUGAAUUGCAUACAAUUCUUGGAGAGGUGCUCAAGGUUAUUGAUUUUGCUUCAAUCCCUGACAAUCGAGGUCUUCACAUUUCAUGUAACCUCUGUAAUGUAAUUAACAGUUUCUGUAAUGAGUUUUGAGAUAGUUUCUAAUUUUCUGUACACUUAGUUCGCCGUUUAAACUCUCAUUAAAGUUUGAUGGGUCUGCAGCAUUUUCUUUGUCCUUGUCUCUCACCAAAAGUUUUGAAUGUUGAUUGGAA